AUGGAGCAAUUAUUCAGGAACCAAAAGUUGAAUGUUAGUGUAAGAACCGUUAAGAGUGGUGAGGAGGUACUGUUUUACGCAAAGGAUGUGGCAGAAUCCUUAGGGUACUCAAAUACGAAAAAAGCAGUUAGAAACCAUGUUUGGGAAGAGGAUAAAUGCACGCUAGGGUCCGUUCAAAGGGGGGCCCUUGAGGGACCCACCUUGAACGGUCAGCCUGGUACCAUUUUAAUCACGGAGCAGGGUUUGUAUCAGCUAAUAUUUGGAUCGGAGCUUAACACAGCAAAGGAGUUCAGAAGGUGGGUAUUCACUGAGGUGCUUCCAUCUAUCCGUAAAACAGGCUCAUACAAAUUACUAGAUAGAAGGUCACUCAGACAUAACCAAAUGAUCCUCAUAAACGAAACGGACCUUCAUCAUACAGUUGUGAGUUACAUUAGGAACAACCACCCUAAGGCUGUAAUAGUACCCGGUCUUGGUGAGUAUCAGGAUACGGUGUCGAAGAGAUGUGAUGCCUGGAAGAAGGGCUACAAAGGUGGUCAGCCAGAUCUUAUUAUAGAGAAUCCUAUGGGGGAGUACAUGGGAUUCACAAUUGAACUUAAGUCUCCUAAGGGCACUGGGAUUACAAGUGAGAAGCAAGCCUUAUGGCUCAAAAGACUGAGGGAAAUAGGGUACAUGACAAUGAUAUCCGAUGACUUGGUACAAAUUUGUAUCAGAAUUAACGAGUACUUCUCACUUAAGAAAAAAGUUAAAACAGUAAGGGUGAAAAACGCAGUCAGCGAUGUAAAGCUGUACAAACAAAAGUUCACAUCACACAAGUACUAG